CAUCAACAUAAAGAUCAUCAAGACGUUAGACAGCCUUGCAGCUAUAAUGGACGAAAACAAGAUCAUCUAUUGCUUAGAUGACCUUGAGCACAUAUUUGAUGAAAUCGAAGAGAGGCUUGAAAAGUCAAAACGAGAACUCGAAGGAAACCGAAAUACCUGGCUGUUUGGUCCAACUUUCACUGCCGCAGACAUCACAGCGAUAACGUUAUUCAUACGUCUGAAGUUUGUCGGAGUCGACACUCGCUAUUUCUCAAGCACUAAGAGGCCAGUGGUGCACGAGUACUUUACUAGAUUAAUGAAAAGACCCUCAGUGGUGAAAAUGAUGGCGAAAUUUGCCAGUUCUAAAAGCAUAAUGGUAAAAAUGAUGCUUAAAACAUACGGAAUACGAGCUUUAAAAUUCGGACUGAUUGUGGGACUUACCGGCCUUGGAUAUGUUGGCCUAAGAGAGUAUUUUAAAGAAACAAAGAUACUUCAGAAAGCUUAAACCAUUAUUUCCUGUGUCUAAAUAUAAUUUUCACAUUUGGGAAAAAAAGAAAGCUAAGUAAUAGUAUAAAGGGGUUGUAUUCAAUUUCGACAAAAACAGAAAUGAUAACU